CCAUGCUGUUUUCUGUUUGGACAAAAUCUUUCAACAUUCACUCAUCACGUUUGCCUUAUUGUGGUUAAAUUUCAUCAUUUCAAGACACAACUCAAAUCAAGAGGUAUGAGUGAGCCUUUAAAUCAUGAUGAUUCCAUGACCAAUUCCAAAGAAGCUGCCAAACUGCUUAACUCUAAUCCUCACAGUAAAGAUGAUGCGAAUGCCAAUGUGUUAGAUUCUCAUAAACAAGAUGGAUUUUACGUGAAAACCCUGAAUGGUUUAGAUGGUGAUCAUAUCAACUUAUUACACAGUGAAUCGGAGAUCAUACCAGUAAAAGAUUUUGCUGCUGAAGUCAGAGCAUUAAAAGAUGUCCAGUCUUAUCUUGAUAAAGCUGUCUUAUUACUCAAUCUCCAGAAAAACAGCCUUCAUGAAAUAGUGGAGACAAUGGUUGAUAAAGUUUUAAGAACUACAGAAAAGAAGAAAUUUGAUUUUGAAAAGGCCAAAUCUUCCAUAUUUACUGCAGAAUCAGGUGAAAAUUUAGCUCAAACUAUACAAGGUAUUCAAAUAGACAGUACAACAGGCUGUACAGAAUAUGAUCAAUCAUGGAUCUGUAUAUUAUGUGAUAUUCCAAGCAUAAAUGACCGUUAUGUAGCUAUAGCCAGACUAGCAGAACCAACUAAUAUCAAUAAUAACUGUCAAGAAUGUAGAUUUAUUAUUCUAAUUUUAACUCCAAGUAGAGAGAAAAUGACAAAAGGUCCCAUGGAAAUCGGCAGGACAUUUGCUACAUUAUUUAUGGAUUUAGAAUUUCGAUAUGAGUUAUUAACAGUUCCUGGUGAAAAACAGUUUAAACAUUAUCUAGAUGACAGAGCCAAAGAUCUAAUAGAAAGUCACAGUUUACCAGAAUUUAGAAAAUCUCAUAGUAAUUUAGUAUCAGUAUUUGAUGAUCCAGUAGGGUCAAGAAAUAAAUGUCCAUUAUUUCAAGGUUUAAUAGGUGAUAUUAAACGAAGAUUACCACACUAUUUAUCAGAUUAUAAAGAUGGAAUUUUUGGAAAGAAGACCCCACAUAAAGUUGUAGCUGCCAUAUUGUUUCUGUAUUUUGCUUGUGUUCUACCUAAUGUAGCAUUUGGAAUGUUAAAUAGUAAUAAUACACAUGGUGUAAUAGGUGUAAAAAAAGUGUUAUUUUCUCAGGCUGUUGGUGGUGUAUUAUUUGCUGUGUUUGGUGGUCAACCUUUAAUAGUUUUACUAACUACAGCCCCACUAGCUCUUUAUACUAAAAUUAUAUUUACAAUCUGCGAAGAUUUUGAUCUAAGUUUUGAAGCAAUGUUUUCCUGUGUGGGUAUAUGGAAUACAUUUUUUUUGCUAGUUUACUCCAUUUUUGAUGUUAGUAAAUUAAUGAAGUUUUCAUCAAGAUCAACAGAAGAAAUAUUUUCAGUUUUUAUCACAUUUGCAUUUUCUGCAGAUGCAAUUGUAGACACAAUACAUGAAUUUAACAAAAAUUACAACACAGAGGACUGUAAUAAGACAGAAGAGGCUGUAAUAACCACAACUAUAGCAUCUAAUAUAACAACCACUCUACCAACACCUACUAAUAUAACACACUGUUUACCAGAAAAUAGCAUUUUAUUCUUAUUUCUAAUGUUGGGUACUUUAUGGCUUGGUUUAACACUUUUUAACUUCACAAAAACGCCCUAUUUAAAUGCUGGUAAAAGAGAAAUAUUAGCAGAUUAUGCCCUGCCUGUUGCAGUAUUAAUUAUGUCAUUUAUUGGUACUUAUGUCUUCAGUGAUAUUAAAUUAGAACCAUUUCAGUAUAACCCUGAUGAAGAAAUGUUUGUAAUAGCACCAUUACAUAAACUACCUAUAGGAGCAGUGUUAGCUAGUGCUGGAUUAGGAUUUAGUUUAUCUUUAUUAUUCUUUAUGGAUCAAAAUAUCUCCAGUGCUUUAGUUAAUACACCAAAUCAUAGGUUAAAGAAAGGUGCUGCAUAUCAUUGGGAUUUAUUUGUAGUGGCUAUAAUAAAUUUAUUUCUAUCAGUAUUUACCUUCCCAUGGGUACACGCUGCUUUACCACAUUCCCCAUUACAUGUCCGAGCUCUAGCUGAUAUAGAGGAAAGAGUAGAACAAGGACAUGUUCAUCAAAUAGUAGUAAAUGUGAGAGAAACAAGAUUAACUGGUAUUAUAUCACAUGUUAUGAUAGGUUUAUCAGUUUUAUUAUUACCUCAACCCCUAUCAUAUAUACCUAGAGCUGUAUUAGAUGGCUUAUUUUUAUAUGUAGCUAUAUCAGCUUUAUAUGGUAACCAAUUCUUCGAUAGAAUCCUACUUUUAUUUACUGAACAGGUUGCUUACCCUCCAAAUCAUUACAUUAGACGAGUUCCACAGAAAAAGAUCCACACCUUUACUGGUAUCCAAGUAGUUCAAUUAGUAGUACUAUGUGUAUUUGGUUUUUCUACUAUUGCCUAUAUGAAGAUGAUAUUUCCAAUUUUACUUAUGUUUUUAAUGCCUAUAAGGCACAAGUUGGUACCGAAAGUUAUCGAACAAAAAUAUUUGAAGGCAUUGGACGGUCAUUAGAAAACCAACCAAGGUUUUUCAACAUAUCAACCUAAAGACUGAGAUAUAAUUGAGAAAAUCAUGGAUCUUUCUGAAGAAAAUCAUUGCAUUUCAUGAUUUUAGUUAUAACAUUAUUUAGAAGACAUUGUUAAAAUAUAUUCAGUAAACAGAAUAGUUAUGUAAAUAAAGAAUUUUUAUAAUGAUAUUAUACAUAUCUAAUUUAUUGUAUAAAACAAAUUAUUUUUACUGAAAUAAAAGUUUCAAUUAGUU